AGCCAGCAGACAGAUUGUGGAACAGCAGUUUUAAAUAAGGAAAUGGUGCAGCUGUCCAACUACCUGAAGGAGGCCUUGCACCGCGAGCUGCUGCUCAAGCAGAAGAUGGUGAUUUUGCAGGAGCUUUUCUCCACGCUGCUGCAAGCAUCAGAAAAAUCCUGGCAGGGUCAGCUGAACGAAGAUAAACUGAAGUGUAAACUAAGGGCACUUGAAAAUCAGCUGCAGGCCUGCACCCAGAGUUACUCAAAGGAGUGUGUGAAAAAGAUCCUGAUAGAGAUGGAAGACCAGAAGCAGACCUACGAGCAGAAGGCAAAAGAGGCUCUUCAGAAGAUGCUGGAGGACAAACUCCAAACAGAGCAGCAGCUGCAAAACUCUCAAAGAAGCCUGGCAGUGACAAGAGAGGACCUUGCCUUCUGGAAAGAGCACUACACCACACUCAAAGCCGAAUUGACCAAGAUGACCAUGGCACACACCGAGCUUGAGAACAGCUUCCACGUUUUGCAAAGCGAACUGCAGCGAGCGGACGCGCAGAAGGAGCAGCUCCAGCAGGCCCUGUGCAGCCUGCAGAGCGAGCACGCCGCGCUCCACCAGCGAGCCAGCGCCUUGCGGGAGGACAACGACCUGAAGGCAGAGCACAUCAGCGCCAUCGAAGAGAAACUGCAAAAAGAACAAAACCAGAAGGUAGAGCUGGAGGCAACAAUCAGCCGUUUGCACAACUUGAUAGAGAACCAGACCAACGAGCUGAAGACCCAGGAGGCGAUGGUGCAAAGGAAAGACCAGGUUUUCACCACGCAGACCCCACCUCUCACUCCUGCCAAGGAAAAACAAAACGCUCUGUUAGAGCGCCCCGAGGAGGAGGAGGAGGGAGAAGAAAGCCUGAAGGAUGAGAUGCAGAAAAGGACAUCCCAGCUUACAGCAAAGGAGAACGAGGUAUAUAUGGGCAUACAGGUAGCAGAAGUGAAAAUCCCCCGUCACUGCAGUGCCCAUGCAUGGGCGAAGCGCUGCAGCCGCUGCGGGAGCCCUGCCACUCUCGGUGCAUACAAGAGUGAGGGGUGCCCUCCUGCUAACGGCCCCUCGCUCUGCUUGCAGUGCACGGAGCUGCGCUCGGAGCUGGAGGCCCUGAGCGAGGAGUACCGCUCCUGCCUGACCAGGCUGCGCCAGUGCCGGGACGAGCUCAACCACUUCCAGAGCAAGCAGGCAAAGAGACGACACAGUCACUGGAUCCCUCUCCUGGUGGCAGUGAUAGUGAUGGCCAUAGCCACCUUCCUCGCAAGUUACAGACCAUGA